GGACACCUGGUGGUCACGUGACGUGUUAUCCUCACGUGACGCUACAGGGCAUCUUAAAAAUAUAAAUGUAUUGGAAAACGCUGCAAGGGAGAAAGAAAAAACAAAACAACAACCCAGAAACAAAACAGCGAGUUAGUUUUUAUUAGGUUAACUAAAAAAACUGCUUGAAGACAUUCACUUUCCAACUGUCUGACAUAAAAACAACUGUAAGAAAACAGCAAAGAAGCAUGAGUUCAGAAGUUAACAAUCCAGCUGAUCUCAUAAACUGCCCCAAUACCUCAGAAAGUACCAGAGAGGACAUGGAUCCCGAAGACCUUUGCACGACUCCAUCUUCUAUCUUGUACCUAAUUCAGGAAGCCACCAAACUUGUUGCACCACCAAAACAGCACAGUCUGGACGUGGAUAAACUCCAUGAUGGCACCAGAGAGACUAUCGUUUCACACGACUCAACUAGCUUUGAGGACAAAUUUCAUAAAGUAAGAACUGUCAAAACACAGCCUAGCUUUACAGGAGCCUUCUCAAUGUUGAGCAGUAGUCCAUGGGAGGUCAUGAGUCUCAUAAAUCUCCAGUGUGAGAGACUGCUGCACUCUGGUGGAACACAUGAAGAGGAUGAAGACUUGCAAACUCACAAAACUAAAAUGGACACUAAACCUGAAGAUGGAGAUGUUGUACGAGAAUGGUCCUCAUUUCCUUCGGUUGUUUCCUCUUCUCCAGUGUCCGUGAGAGCUGAUGCAAUGGAAUAUGCCGUGGAGUCUGAUGUUUCUCUUCCACACAUCAUUGAUCCAUCUGAUCACCAGUCAAUUGAGAGCACCAGUGAAAACGGUGAAAGUGCAGCAGUCGAAGUUGCAGAUGAUCUCACAGAACUCAUUUUCAAGACCACAGAGGAUAGUUUACUUUCCAGCAGAGUAAUGAGUGACGAAAGGACUGACUACUGUUCCCUGGAAGACACAUCAGUGUUACCGCUUGACUUGACAAAAAAAGUGGAAGUUUGUGAACACACUAUAGAGAAUGGUGAGGGUGUGAAUGAAAUGGCGAGUCUUUCGUCCAUAUCUGAUGUUGCACAAAGUCCUGAAAUAAGCUCCGUUGACUUUACAUCAUCUCUGGUUGUGGAAAAAUAUGAAGGUUCAUGCUUUUCUUUCAAUGAGGGUGAAAAUGCAGAGUGUAAAUGGACACCCGUUUCAGAAAUGCCCCCACCGAGAACCGAUUUAAACAAUAACCUGGAAGAUGAGGCACUUCAGGAGGCUGAAAAGACUCGUACAGUGAUCUCUGCCCAGUCCAGGUGGGGUAAUCAAAGGAGGACACCUAGGAAGCAGGCUCACCCUGCACGGAGCCCUGAUCUAAAUGAUCCAGGGCUUCAGGGAGUCAUGUUCAGCAUGCACACAGAGCUGGAUCACAGCACAGACAAGUGCCGCCUCCUUAUCACCUCCAAAUACAGGCAAACACCAUGUCCUCUACACAAAACAACAUAUGGGAUUUUUAAAUGUGACGCCAUAACGCACUACAAAUUCACUGUACAUAAAUUCAGUAAGCUGUGCAGGCGUGGCAGGAGAAGCAGAAGCUGUAGGUCCAGAUCACUGCAGAGUUCCCAGCGAACCAGCAGCUCAGAAGAGGAGAGUGACUCCUCCAGUCUGUACAAGAAGAUUUGUGCAUCAUGUUGCACAAGGAAGACUCCUUUAUGGCGAGACGCGGAAGAUGGUACUCCACUCUGCAAUGCCUGUGGGAUCAGGUAUAAGAAGUACCGCGUACGCUGUCUGCAAUGUUGGAACAUCCCACGGAAGGAGGCCAGCUCCAACUCCAAGUGUUUGAAGUGUGGAGAUCUCCUCCAACUUGCCCCGCAAAGCAAACGAGCUGGAUGAUAGGCCGGACCUGGGUUUUCACUUUGAACUUCCGUUUGGUUAUUCAUGAAUAUUCCUAUAAAGCAAAUGUGUGCACUAGUCUAUAAAGUAUUUUUCAGCUUUACAUCUAUAUGAAAGUUAAGCUAUUAUGUUCUGGUAAUGUCUGUCUGUUUUUGUAAAAGAGCUAGCUGGAAUUGUUCUUUAAUAUUGUAAAGCAAAUAUUUGUCUUUUUUUUUUUUUUUUUUUUUUGUUAGUCUAAACUUAUUCUUGAGUAUGUGAGAAACAUAAUAUUCACAAUCUUACUAAUUGUUGCUUCUUCUCCUUACAAAAUAAUUUAAGCACCUUCAUUAUUUAUGAUCCUCUAAACAAACUUUCUGAGAAUGUGGUGGCUGUAGAAGUGGUUAAAUUUUGCACUUCGUCUUGUCUGUUUGCUGUGUAACAUGUAGCCAGUUUGGGCCUUAAAUGCAUGCAUAUUACAAUUGUCUUAACAAAACCCCUGUUUGCUAUUUUCUUCUCUCUUUGGUUGAAGUUAUUCUGUAAACCUUGGAUUUGGUUGAAAAUUAAAUUGCUUGCACGUG